AUGCAACCGGUUGGAAGAUCCGGUUUUCGAUUUACCAAAAAUAAUUUAAGCAUGUUUAUUUCUCAUUAUGGCGAACCCUCAGUUAUACUUUCUGAUACAGAAACUAUUACAGAACUUACAACUACCGAUAUCACAAGCACAAAAGUAGUACAAAAAACGAAGAAUAGAAUUAAAUUACCUCUUCGUCAUUCAAUCCAAUAA